AUGUAUUUAAGAGAGGGCUUCGAUGUGCACACACUUACCGACCGAUCCGAUUAUAGUAUCCUCUCGGAGCUCGUAGAUGGGUCUCCUGCUAUCCCCGCCUACAGCGACAGCGAGAUAGACGCAUCGGUGUACCACAGCUUCUCAUUCGAUUACCCGCGAUCCUACUCUUCUGUGUUUGGGCAAGGAACAGACUUCCUCGAGUUCAAAGAGGUCACAAGAACGGUCGACGACGGGAUCUAUGACCCCGCAGUCCUGCUCGAUCACACCGUGGACCCCUGCCUGGCCACUGAUCUGCCCUACUCCAACUACGGCCACAACCCUGCAAGUACCGGUAUCAGUGUCAAUACCUUGUAUGCCAGAGACCAGCCUCCAGGAUCGCGCAGCACCACGACCCUCUCGCCUUCCAUGAUUAGAACUGAGAGCUCAUCUAGGAUCUCUGCAGCCACCCCGCCGGUCCCCACGCUUCUGCGGUCUAUCGACUCCAUAAGCAACUUCACUUCACUUCCCACUCUGGCACAGCCAGCCACUGCAAAAGCUGCUACAAAGCCUGAGGCCGCCGAUGUGAAGCCCGGGACGGAGACUAAAGCUCGACCCCCUCCCAAGUCGUCUGUGCCGGCUCCGCUGCAGAUGAAGAAGCCGGUAAAGCAUGCGUCCCGCUCUCUGAACAACAAGUCUCAGUACAAGUUCCCAGGGACUCCCGAGGUGCUGAAACGCUCCAUCCAGCUGAUCUACCGUGCCUUGCGAGAGCUGAGGCCUGCUGCCAAAAUUCCCGGGAACGUGAUGGACUCUCUUGCGCAGCGAGCGGACACACACGUCUACAUCCUCGCGCAGGACAGGAGGCUCUUCCACUGGCUCGAGACAGAGCACCCCAAGGACGUGAUUCAAGCGCUCCUAAGAAUCGAGGGCCUGGACAGCGAAAUGAAGUCGAGGCUGGCGGCGCUUUUCGCUGGCAAUUGA